AUGAGUAGAGUCCCUGGAAGGACACAGCAAACACAGCUAGAGCCAGAGAUGGCAAAAGAACUCAGGCGUGAAGAUGUUGGCUCCUACGCCAGUUAUGUAAGGAUGCCUCCAGAUCUAGCGGAACUUAGAAUCGUGUUUCCAAGUUCACCAAGAAACCACUACGAUGGAGCAUUAAGGAAUAUAAUGCUAGAAGUAUAUUUCAGGAAUAUAAAUAUACUAGGGUUUAAGACUAAAGCGGUACAUAAAUGCGUCUUAGAUCCGUAUUUGAAAGAAUUUGGGAGGCUGGUGACAAUUUCCAUUUCUGGAGCUGUUACAGUGACGGUCGAAGAACUUGCAGCUCAGAAUGAAUAUUUAACCACUGUGGUUAAACGACUGGAGAAGCGACUGGGAGAUUUGGAACAAACAGUGUCGGAAUGCAAAUUACCUAUGCGAAGACAAACAUACGAAGGACCUGUGGCCUUUACGUACAAACUAACAUCCAAAUAUACAGCUGUCCACGGAAAUUCAGCGAUAGUAUUUCCUGAUAGAAUCACAGACCUUGGCACAGGAUACAACAACGCGACUGGAGUUUACACGGCGCCUCGACAUGGUAUCUACAUGAUCAGCUGCUCUCUGUUAGCAGACCAUGGCUCUCAUUCAAAUCCAAUGCUGCAUGCUUCUAUAAUGGUUGAUGGAAGGCCCAAGGCUAAUGUAUUUGCUUUUUCUGAAUCCGGAACACAUCGUGACCAAGGCGCAAAUACUAUAUUCGUCAAUUUAAAGCAAGGCUCUAGAGUAUGGGUCCAGGCUAUAGAUUCAUCACAAGCCAUUGUUGGUGGGGAAAAGUACUCAACUUUCUCUGGUUAUUUACUUUGGCAGUUUUGA